AUGGCGGACCUCGCUCUAGAAGGUCCUCAUUCUCUGGAGUCGCUAGACGUGGAGGAGGAGGUGGAACAGAGAGUCCUCAGGUACCAGCUGAGAGAGAUAGAAGACCCCGCCCCUCCCCUGCACUAUCUGGACUAUGAUGUGGACGAACAUCUCCUGCACACGACAGUUCCUGACCCCAUACGAAUUCGAGGGGUCGGUGGUACCACAAUGUUUGGUCUUAGUAACAGGUUUGACGAAGAGUUUCCUCAGUCUCUGAUAGGGAAGGUGGCACGUGAAGAAUUCCAGUUGACCAUUGGUCGAGUGAACGCCAUACUACAGAAGGGGAUUCCUUGGAGUCUGCGUUGCCUGCUGUGCGGCUGUCUCUGCUGCUGUUGCACAUUUGGCCUCUCCCUAGGACCUGGGAUCUGCUUCAACAAGAGAGUCCUUUUGAUUGAGUUUCUGCCAAAGUUACAGCUCUUCAAACCCGACUAG